AGAACCAAUGUCGCCAUGGUUACCCUGGCACGAAGCCACAAGCAACUGGUGGAAUGCUACCGCAAACUCCGUGGAAAGCCACGCUCCCAGACACGCCGCCUCAUCUUUUACUUUAUAACCGGAUUUUCACUAAAUAAACGGCGCGAAGUCAUGGAGGAAAACGAAACAAACAGCACAGGAAUCCUGAAUGCUGGCGACCAUAUAUUCGUCCCGAGAUGCGGGAGCUACUCGCAUCACGGGAUAGUCACAGCAAAUGGCGAGGUGAUUCAUUUCCAGACCCCAAUGGAGAUACCCCAGCCAGACCCGGCCGAUUGCAGAGUGGUGAAAACGGAAUUGGCUCUGUUCUUGGGGUCUGAUAAAGAGUUCUAUAUCUAUAGAUACGGUGAAAGUGAGCAAGAAAUACUACAGAACAAGAUGCCGAAAGGAACAUACAGCACAAAGUGUAGUGACCCUAGCGAAGUUGUGCUGGAACGAGCGCACAGACUUUUACGCGAGGGUUUUGGUCAUUUUAAUAUUGUCGGCAAUAACUGCGAGGAUUUCGCUAUUUUCUGCAAGACGGGGGCGCGCUCUACGGAGAGUACUUUGUUCUCAGCAGCGCUAGGCAGCAUAGAGGCAGCGCGCCAGGCCAAUCACCUAGGUUACAAAAGUCCGCUGGCGUUUGCAGGCGCCGCUAUGGGGUUAUUCACCGCUAUGGAUCUCAGAUUGUCCAAUCAGCUUGCUGAAAAAGCACGGGAAGCUGAUGUAAUGAUUUACGAGGAGGAAAGCAUUCGAUUGGCUGAUAUUGCGGCUUUGCAGGAAUGCGAAAAAGAACUUGAAUCUACGCAUGACGGUGAUAUAAAUGGCAACACCGCAAGUAAGAAACCAAUUUGUGUGGAUGAAUUGAUAGAGAUGUUAAAAAAUGGAAAGCUAGAAAAUUUCACUUCAAAGGAAAAAGACAACGAUGACGGAACUAGAUAUCAAGAGACAGAUGUGUAAAUGCGCGAAACUGAACAAUGUUUCCCUCUUUUAUUCUUGAAUUUUUUUUUAUAUUUUUUUCAUCGUAAUAAAAAUAUUACCCUCA